AUGUUGAGAAAAUGGAUGAGACUUGGAACGGGGUUGGGUAGAAGAAAUCUGUCGAAAGAUAUAACACCAGCAACUGCUCAACCAAUUUAUCUUGAUGUUCAAGCAACUUCGCCAAUGGUAAUAUUUCCAUCUUAUUCAGAAAAUAGUUCAUUCAUGAAACAAGCUGGAAAAUUUCGGAAAUCGUGGAAUUUUGAUUUCCAAAAUUAUCCUGAAUUUUUGAAAUAUCGAGUUUAUAACUGUUAGAAGCGGUGCGAUAGAUGGAAAUUGAUCAUUUUAACUUGGUUUAUGAGUUAGAAUUAUUGAAUUAAAAACUCCACUUUCGUCAUUUUUCUCUUGUUCCGAAGUUAAUUCAUGAGCAGACAUAAUUAUUCUGAAAAUGAUUAAUUUGUAGGUACCUAAACGUUAUUUCAUGAGUUUCUGACACCUUUUCCUAAUAAAUAGGAAAUUAGAAAUUUUGUUCUAAUUUCCGGAAGAGUGUAAUAACUUAUCAGAAUUGAAAAAAACAAUAAAUUGGAAUUUUAAGGAUCCUCGUGUUGUUGAUGCAAUGCUUCCUUACAUGUUAAAUGAUUUCGGAAAUCCUCAUUCUCGAACUCACGCAUAUGGAUGGAAAGCAGAAGAAGGAGUUGAACAAGCACGAAAAUAUAUUGCCGAUUUGAUAAAAGCAGAUCCACGAGAUAUUGUUUUCACAUCUGGUGCUACAGAAUCAAAUAAUUUGGCAAUUAAAGGAGUCGCAAAGUUCAGAAAACAAUCGGGAAAAAAUCAUAUCAUCACAUUGCAAACUGUAUGUUUUUCACGGGUUUUUCUGGAAUUUUUUUGGAAAUAAAAUUGUUUUCAGGAACACAAAUGUGUUUUGGAUUCGUGCAGAUAUUUGGAAAACGAAGGUUUCAAAGUGACAUAUUUGCCUGUAGAUCAAGGCGGUUUGAUUGAUAUGAAAUUGUUGGAAUCUUCAAUUACACCUGAAACAUGUUUAGUUUCAGUUAUGUUUGUAAAUAAUGAAAUUGGUGUUAUUCAACCGAUUGAAGAGAUUGGUGAACUUUGUAGAAGCAGGGGUCAGUUUUUACUUAAUAAUUUUAUAAACAUAAAAUGUUACAUUUUUUCAGGUGUUUAUUUCCAUACGGAUGCAGCUCAAGCAACUGGAAAAGUGAACAUCGAUGUUAACAAAAUGAAAAUUGAUUUAAUGUCAAUUUCUGGACACAAAGUCUAUGGACCAAAAGGAGUUGGAGCAUUAUAUGUAAGAAGACGGCCACGUGUAAGAUUAGAAGCACAAAUGAGUGGAGGAGGACAAGAAAGAGGGUUACGGUCAGGUACUGUAGCUGCACCAUUAUGUAUUGGAUUAGGUGAAGCUGCAAGAAUUGCUAUUGAUGAAAUUGGUAAGCUUUUUUUUUUGAAAAAUUGGAUAAAGCGAGAAUGAGCUGGUCUCAAAAUUUAGAGCACAUUGUUUUAUUCAGAACUUGAUCAAGCACAUGUCAGAAGACUUUCAAAAAUGUUAAUCGAUGGAAUCAGUGAAAAACUACCUCAUAUUAUUCGAAAUGGAAACUCAAAAUAUUCGUAUCCAGGAUGUGUCAACUUAUCAUUUGCUUAUGUUGAAGGAGAAUCACUUCUUAUGGCUCUAAAAACAAUUGCACUAUCAUCUGGAAGUGCAUGUACAUCUGCAUCACUUGAACCAUCUUAUGUAUUAAGAGCUAUUGGAUCAGAAGAAGAUCUCGCACAUUCAUCAAUCAGAUUUGGAAUUGGAAGAUUUACAACAGAAGAAGAGGUUGGUUCUUGAUUUAAUCAUUUUCAUUCAUCUCAAAUAUUAUUAGGUCAAACAUACUGUUGAUCUUUGUGUUCGUGAAACUCAAAGACUUCGAGAUCUUAGUCCACUUUGGGAAAUGGUUCAAGAAGGAAUUGAUCUCAAAACAAUUCAAUGGACACAGCAUUAA